GAAGGCAGCUGUAGAAAAUGGAACACCCUUCAUCAAAAGGAAUCUGAAAAUUCAUUGUUCAAACAUCUUGACCAGAAUUUAGACAAACUUGUCACACAACACAACAUAAACAUUAAGAAGAAGAAGACGAUGACUCGAAUAUAAACCCAGAACCCCAAAACAAAACCAACCACCUACACAAACACAAUGACACCCCUCAAAAUUCAUCACUUCCUCCUUCUCAUGUUCAUCUUCUUCUUCUUCUUUUUGCUCCCAUCUUCCCACGCCCAAACGCCACGUCAGAUGAACAACACGGGCUUCACGUGCACGGGCACCCGCACCUGCGCCGCCUACGCCUUCUACCGCGCCUCCGCCCCCAACUUCCUGGACCUGGCCGCCGUGGGCGACCUCUUCGAGGUGAGCCGCCAAAUGAUCGCCACGCCGAGCAACAUCUCCUCCGUGUCCUCCGCCCUGGUCGAAGACCAGCCCCUCUUCGUCCCCCUGAGCUGCUCCUGCAAUCCUGUGAAUGCCACCUUUGGUUCCCUCUCCUACGCCAACAUCUCCUACACCAUCCAACCCAACGACACCUUCUUCGUCGUCUCCACCUACAAGUUCAACAACCUCACCACCUACCCUUCCGUCGAAACCGUCAACCCUACCUUGGUCGCCACCAACCUCUCCAUCGGCCAGGUCACCAUCUUCCCUGUCUUCUGCAAAUGCCCCGACACCAACAACACCAAUUACAUGAUCUCCUACGUUGUGCAACCCGAGGACAACAUCUCCUCCAUUGCCUCAGCUUUUGGGGUUCAGGAACAAGCUAUAAUUGACGUCAACAACGACACGCUAUAUGACUACGACACCAUUUUCAUCCCUGUGGAGCAGCUUCCGUCUCUGUCGCAGCCUGCGGUGGCUCCGGCUGCGCCGCCUGGUGGGAAUGGGACUGAGAGUGGGAGUGGGAGUGGCAGGGAUAGGACGGGAACUGUUAGAGGGUUGGGGAUUGGGUUGGGGGUCGUGGGGUUGUUGCUGGUGUUGGUGAGUGGGGUGUGGCUGUGGAGAGAGUUUGUGAUGAAGAAGAGGCUGGGAGAUGAGGAUGAGGAUGUGGAGGGAGGGAAGAAGAAGGUGUAUUCGGGAGGGAAAGAGGGUCAGAAAGGUGGUUUGGAUUUGAAACUGAUGGCGAAUGUAUCGGAUUGUUUGGACAAGUAUAGGGUUUUUGAUAUUGAGGAACUGGUGGAGGCCACGGAUGGGUUUGAUGAAAGGUCCUUGAUUGAAGGAUCCGUUUACAAAGGGGAGAUUGAUGGGGAGCUCUUUGCCAUCAAGAAGAUGAAGUGGAAUGCCUAUGAGGAACUCAAGAUCUUGCAGAAGGUAAACCAUGGGAAUCUGGUGAAGUUGGAGGGAUUCUGCAUAGACCAAGAAGAAGCAAACUGCUAUCUAGUGUAUGAAUAUGUGGAGAAUGGAUCUCUAUACUCGUGGUUGCAUGAGGAGAGAAAGGAAAAGUUGAACUGGAAAACAAGGCUAAGAAUAGGCAUUGACAUUGCCAAUGGCCUCCAAUACAUCCACGAGCACACAAGGCCACGAGUUGUGCACAAAGACAUAAAGAGCAGCAACAUUCUGUUGGACUACAACAAGAGAGCGAAAAUUGCAAAUUUUGGGCUUGCAAAGUCUGGAAUGAAUGCCAUCACCAUGCACAUUGUGGGAACACAGGGCUACAUUGCCCCUGAAUAUCUGGCUGAUGGAGUGGUGUCCACAAAGAUGGAUGUGUUCUCUUUUGGUGUUGUGUUACUUGAACUAAUUUCUGGGAAGGAAGCCAUUGAUAAGGAGGGAAAUCUGUUGUGGGCAAGUGCUAUGAGAACCUUUGAAGUGGAGAGUGAGCAAGAGAAGGCUAGGAGACUGAGGGAAUGGAUGGAUAAGGACAUUUUAAGGGAGACAUGCUCAAUGGAAAGUUUGAUGGGUGUUCUCACUGUUGCAAUUGCUUGCUUGCACAAAGACCAGUCAAAGAGGCCAAGCAUAAUGGACAUUGUCUAUGCACUCUGUAAAAGUGAAGAUUUGGGCUUUGACAUCUCAGAUGAUGGCCUUGGCUCACCACGGGUGGUGGCUAGGUAGAUGGUUUCUGGUGCUCACUCAUCUCAUCUCUUUGGUUUUUGGUUAGAGAGACGUCUAGAUUCACUACUGGAAAUUUUUUGUGCUGUCCUUUGCUGAGCAUUAAGAUUAGUGUAUUUUGAAGUAGAGGAACAAACAACGUAGAAAAAUUCAGUAGAGAAUCCAAAUUUGUAAGAGAACCAUGUGGAUAAUUUUAUCCCAAGAAAACCAUUUGGGUUUUUUGGUGAUCUCUGGCUUUUGUAAACUUUUAGGUCUUCUUUUUGCCAUGGAUAUGCUGACCACAGAAAAGGAUUUAAGAGACCCUCAAUAAGCAUUAGGCAUUUCUUCCUACAUCCCAUCCCAUACAAAUAGGCCUUUCUGAACAAAAAUUUUACGAGGAAGAGAGAAAUAAUGGACUGUAUAUCACAUGGUUAGGUAGGUUUGGACACAUGCUGUAGAACCAACUACUUGUUUUUAUACUGUAACAAGGUCGUGUAGUUAUAUGUAUACAUAUUAAACUGGUGAAUUAGUGUAAUUUUGUGAUACAGUGAAAAAUGCAACAUACGUAGUGUUCUACAA